UGCAGAUCCAAGAUCGCUGACGGCUCGCAGAACUCACAAUGGAAGGGCCCUUAACUAUCCUCACCGAUUUCGUCCGGAUUUACAGUAUAGCAAUGUGUUCGCCAUCAUUGUACCAACACUACGUGUUGCCUAGUAUAAACUCCGGCUUGGAUCCAAAACCAGAUGGAUUCUACUUGAACGGGAAGAAAAUUUCGAUACACAGCGGUGCCCUCCAUUAUUUUCGAGUUCCCCCGGCUUAUUGGAGGGAUAGAUUGAGGAAGUACAGAGCAGCUGGAUUAAACGCCGUAGAAACCUAUGUUCCAUGGAACUUACAUGAACCGUUGAGAGAUGUGUAUGAUUUUGGCGACGGAGAAAAUGAUUUUUCCGAGUUUCUUGACGUCGUUAAAUUUGUCAAGAUGGCACAAGAAGAAGAUCUGUUUGUUAUUGUCAGACCAGGCCCUUACAUUUGUGCCGAAUGGGAUUUUGGAGGACUACCAAGUUGGAUUUUAAAUGAAAAGGGAGUCAAGGUGCGAACCUCUGAAUCCAAGUACAUGAAUCGAGUCACUUGCUACUUCAAUAAACUUUUGCCACUUUUUGCUGAUCUACAAUUCACAAGAGGUGGAUCAAUAAUUGCUUUUCAGAUUGAGAACGAGUAUGGUUCGAUUAACGAGGAUGGAACAGUUCCUGAUAUCGAGUACUUGAAACAGCUCAAAGAAAUCUUUGAGAACAAUGGUCUGGUUGAGAUGUUCUUUACUUCAGACACACCGAGUAUUCGAAGAGAUGAUGGAACUUUACCAGGAGUAUUGCAGACCGCAAAUUUUAAAGUUGAUCCAGAAAAGGAAUUAAAUCUCUUGAACGAACUGCAGCCCAAUAAGCCUGCUAUGGUUAUGGAAUAUUGGACUGGUUCCUACGAUCACUGGCUCGAACCACGUGACUUGCCAGAACCAUUUGAUGUUUAUGCGGAUGUCCUUGAGAGGAUCUUGCUUUUUCCAUCAUCAGUUAAUUUCUAUAUGUUUCAUGGUGGUACCAGUUUUGGUUUUAUGAAUGGCGCUGAUGUUACCAAGAAUUAUCAACCGGAUGUGACAACUUAUGAUUAUGUCGCGCCGCUAACAGAAUCAGGUGACUACACAGAGAAAUAUUACAAAACCAAAGAGAUUUUAGCAAAAUAUCAAAGUGUGACAACCAAAUUACCAGACUUACCUGCAGUAUCACAAAAGGUAGCUUAUCCCACUCUUGAAGUACAUGGACAUUUGGACUUUUGGGAUAUUCUUGAUCAGUUGCCUGCACACUUGAAGGUAAAGCUGCCAAGUGUGAUCAAUAUGGAAAACUUGCCAAUUAAAAAUGGCAGUGGUCAAUCUUAUGGCUACAUAAAUUACAGGAAAAAAGUAGGAUUGAAAACAACAUCUAGUUUAAAAAUCUCUGGGUAUGUUCAAGACACAGCAAUGGUUCUUCUUGACGGAGAGCUGAAGAGCAAACCGCUAGAAACUAAAGAAGAUAUUAAUGGUUUUGGUUACUGGAUGAAGAAAGAUGCCGAGCUGACAUUAAAUUCUGAUAAGGCCGAGGAAAAGACUUUGGACAUUAUUGUAGAAAAUUGGGGGCGUGUCAACUUUGGUGUUCUUGAUGACUUUGAUCAGAGAAAAGGCUUGUGGCAUGGGCCAGUUUAUCUCGAUGGCGAUGAGCUAAAAGAUUGGGAAAUCUAUGCUCUUGAGUUUGAUUCUAAGUGGGCAAAGUCCCUAACUAAUUGGAAAUUGGGACCGCCCUCUAUCAGCACGAAAGGUCCGUCCGUUUCCCGAUUCGUCAUAAACUUAGCUUUACCUCAGGAUACAUUUGUCGAUUUGCGAGGCUGGACAAAGGGUUUAGUAUUUGUAAACGGUUUUAAUUUGGGGAGGUACUGUCAUCUUGGACCAACAAGGACCCUUUACUUGCCAGCUCCCUUACUUAAGAAAGGCCAGAACGAAAUUUUAGUAUUUGAACAUUUCAAGCCAGAUAUUGAAUUGAGUUUCUUAGAUUAUCCUAUUUUGGGAGAUUUGAAACCCUGAAGUAAAAAAAAAAAAACUGAGAAAACCAGACGUCAUCUCUGAUUACAAGUGUCAUUUUACACCAGAAUACCUG